AUGUCUGAUGAUUUACCAUAUGAAGAACCGGAUAUUAUUCGUAUUUUAAUCACAACCGAUAAUCAUGUUGGUUAUGCAGAAAAUGAUCCCAUUAGAGGGAAUGAUGCUGCAGUUACAUUUCGCGAAAUAAUGAACAUUGCCAAAGAUAGGGAGGUCGACAUGGUUCUUCAAGCUGGUGAUCUUUUUCAUAUCAACAAACCAAGCCGUAAAUCUAUGUUUGAGGUGAUUACAGCUUUGCGUGAAACUUGCUACGGCGACAAACCAUGCGAGCUCCAGCUAAUGAGUAAAGUUGAUCUAGGAUUAGAUAAUGAUCUGAAUCAUUUAAACUAUCAAGAUGAAAACAUUAAUGUCGCAAUUCCGGUAUUUGCAAUUAGUGGAAAUCACGAUGAUGCAGCAGGUAACUCGUUACUGGCGCCAAUGGAUGUUCUAGCGGCAACAGGCUUAGUGAAUCAUUUUGGACGUGUCCAAGAAAAUGAUAAUAUUUCAAUUGUACCUAUUUUAUUACGAAAGGGCAAAACACAACUUGCACUGUACGGCAUGGCAAAUGUACGAGACGAAAGAUUAUUUCGAACGUUUCGCCACAGCCAAGUAAAGUUUUUUAAGCCUGCUAAAGAUACAGGCGAAUGGUUCAAUCUUAUGGCAGUGCACCAAAAUCAUGUUGCUCAUUCAUCAACAGGGUAUCUCCCUGAAACCUUCCUUCCCGACUUCAUGGAUAUGGUGGUUUGGGGUCACGAGCACGACUGUAUAAGUGAUCCUGUCAAAAAUCCUCAGACAGGGUUUUCUGUUUUACAACCAGGAAGUUCUGUGGCAACCAGUUUGAUUGAAGGCGAGGCAAUACCCAAGUAUGUUUUCAUUUUAUCAGUAACAGGCAAAAAGUACACAUUAGAAAAGAUUAGAUUAAUGACAGUACGACCAUUUGCCAUUUCUUCAGUGAGCUUGGCUAUGGAUUCUGGAAUUGAUGCUCGCAUUUCAAACCGAUCAGAGAUCACAAGCUGGUUGAACGAUCGAGUGGAAAGUUUAAUUUCAGAAGCAAAGCAAGAAUGGAAAAAUAGGCCUGGAAAUGAAAACAAAUCUGAGGAAGAAAUACCAUUGCCUUUGAUACGUCUCAAGGUAGAUUAUUCAGGUGGAUACGAUGUUGAAAACCCUCGAAGAUUUUCUAAUCGGUUUGUGCAACGAGUCGCCAAUGUAAAUGAUGUGGUAUCGUUCAAUCGUCGACGUGCUGUAUCCAUGACAGGACACAGCCAAAAGAAUCCUUCACAAAAAGAUUCCCCCAAUCAACAACAUGAAGAUCAAAACAUUAGCUUAGAAAAAAUUGGAGUACAGAAGCUGGUGAAUGAAUUUCUUCAAAAUGAUGACUUGAUGCUACUUCCAGAAACAGGGCUUGGUGACGCUGUAAGACAGUUUGUGGAUAAUGGUGAUAAAGAUGCAAUCAAGGCAUUUGUUAACAAGUCUCUAGAACUUCAGCUCAGCACAUUGAUGGCGAUUACCAACUUGGAUGAAGAUAGUAUGUCAUCAGAGAUUCUCAAAGCGAAAAAAAGAUUGGCAAGAAACACUUUGCGACAAUCCAGUGGUCAAGCAGGGGCUACACCUGCAGCUGCAUCAACUACCAGUAUUUUUAACUCUGUUUCAUUUAAUGAAACUAACGAAAGAACCGAAAAUAAUAAAAAAAAGGAGCCUGAACUUACCACUACUAAGCCGAGUCGGGGCCGAAAGGCAGCAGGUACUAAGACUGCGGCAUCGAAAAAAACACCCGCCAAGCGUGGCCGUAAAACAAAAAGUCCUGAAACGAUUGAAGAAUCUGAAGAGGAAGCUAUAAUUGAAAAUCUGGAACAAGAUGGAGAGGUCAUGGAUGUGGACGAAUAUGAUGACGAAGAGGUAGAAGUGAUUUCAAGACCAACGUCCGGGAGCACAAGAAAACCCACAGCUUCUACAUCACGUACUACAAAAACGACAAAAUCUGCAUCCAAAACACCAGCAGCUUUGUCACUUACAAGACAAAUAUCGUCGAAGAACAGUCCUGUAGCGGUUAAUAAUGGCGGCGACGACGGUGACGACGACGAUGAUGAUUUUGAAAUUCUUGGAGAAACGUCUCAAAGUGUUUCUAUACCUGCAUGCGCACGGACAAAUUCAAUGGCAGCUGCGAGGAUGGUGUCACCAGUAAGUCAGGCUCUUAGAAACUCUACUAAUAUGGCUACAAUUGUAACAUCAGCACGAAUCGCAAGUAAUGCUCAUGGUAGUAGUAGUAGUAGCAGCAACUCGACUGGGUCCCGGACGAUUGGCGCAAAGAGAAAACGAAGGAUGCCUGCUCCAAAAUUAGUAACUCCUUCUCGACAAGAAGAUUUGUCUACUAUGAGACCUUCAAUUAUACGGCUUCUUGCAACUAAAGUGACAUUUUUCACGCGUCCACAAUGCGGAUUGUGUGAGAAUGCAAAGGGCGCCUUAUCCAAGGCAUGGGACCAAUCCAAAACCAAAUUUGACUACAAAGAGGUCGACAUAACCAAGCCCGAAAAUAGCGAAUGGUUUGACAAAUACGCUUUUGAUGUUCCAGUGAUACAUAUUGAGAAGGAAAAUGGCGACAAAAUCCGUAAGCUUAUGCACCGCAUCAACACGAGUGAGGUCGUGGACAUUGUGGAUUCUUGA